AUGGUGCCUCAUCUUCACAACUUGUCCUUCUCCCCAUCUUUAUCCAGUCUCCUAUGGAAAGAGCAAUAUACAGAUGUUGACACGUUUAUUUCCCAAACGCUAAAAGGAGAAAAUCUAUCGAAGAAAGCAAAAGAAAAAAGGGAAGUUCUUCUUAAGAAGAUAAAAGAUGUUAAGGCAAGUUAUCCUCAAGAGUUCCAGGAUAAAGAAUUGGAAGAUGAGGAAGAGUCAGAGGGCUCUUUUUCGUCGCCUCCUGAUAGUGUCUCCAUAGCAUCUGACCGGUAUGAUAAAGAGGAUGAAGCACCUUCUGAUGGGAAUCAGUUUCCUCCUGUUGCGGCUCAAGAUCUUCAGUUUGUUCUGAAGGCUGGAUACCUGGAAAAACGCAGAAAAGACCACAGUUUUCUCGGCUUUGAGUGGCAGAAGCGUUGGUGUGCUAUCAGCAAGACGGUCUUCUAUUAUUAUGGAAGUGAGAAAGACAAACAACAGAAAGGUGAAUUUGCCUUAGAGGGCUACACCAUCAGAAUGAAUAAUAGCCUUCGGAAGGAUGCAAAGAAAGAUUGCUGUUUUGAAAUCUCUGCUCCUGAUAAGCGCAUUUAUCAGUUUACAGCUGCCACUCCCAAAGAAGCAGAAGAAUGGGUACAGCAAGUCAAAUUUGUAAUUCAAGACAUGGAAUCUACUACUAUUCCUGAGGAGGAGGAAGAGGAGUAUGACGAUGUUGGACAAGUGAGCAGUGAACCAAUAGAUGAUAGUAUUUAUGAAGAAGUUAAAGAAGAACGUGUGCCUUCCAAAGCUGAAGUGCCAAGAAAACCGAGCCAGGAGAAAGUUACCACUGUUUCAGAUGCUGCUCUCUGUGCAGAAGGCAAAAAUACCGAUUACGCCAAUUUUUAUCAAGGUUUGUGGGACUGCACAGGAGAUGUACCUGAUGAGUUGACAUUUAAACGUGGUGACGUUAUCUACAUUCUCAGCAAGGAGUACAAUAGAUUUGGCUGGUGGGUAGGAGAAAUGAAGGGAACCAUUGGCUUGGUGCCUAAAGCCUACAUAAUGGAGAUGUAUGAUAUUUGAGAGGCCUGGGAGAAAUCGGCGCUUGAAAUCGAGUGGUGUGCAGCUGCAGUUUACAGACCCGGGCUCUGAAAGAAGAAGAUUCUGCCGUACACGUUUUGUGGUUUCAGUGAAUGUAGUCAGAUCGUUGCCUUGUGUAUAUUAAACAUUAAAAACUGCAAUUGAUCAUAAUUCUGCGGAAAUGUUCUUCUUAGCCACCUUUUAUAGAAUUGUAAUUUUAGGAAAUGAAAUAGAUGGUAAUUAACAUAUGGGGCACAAGCAGCCAAACAGUGCCUGUUGCUCUUUGCUUAAGCAGCAGUCUGUAUAGCUGUAGGUUUGUGGUCUUUCAGGGAAUUUGGCUGUGUUUUCCUGUUCCUCCGAUGUAGAAAAAUUAAGCUGAACUCCUAAAGUAGGAAUCUAUUACUCAGUUCAUGCAUGCACUAACCUCUUAAUGCUCACUGUACGUUUUGUGCAGUUUCCUAGGAAAACGAAGGGAAAUUUAUGUGUAAUAUGGCAAGGCUUCAGGGUAUUCUGCUUCCAAAUGUUUUUGUGUUAUGUUUUAGCCAAUGAUUUAUUUUUCUCAUAUAUUUCAUGUUGUUAUUGUUAAUUAAUAUUUUGUUACCACAAAAUGAAGGCUUGGCUCUUUUGCUGAUGUAAUAAAUCAGCCUGUGUGGUAAUACUUCCCUGAUACUAUUCUGACUUGGAGAAAUGGAUUACGUGAAAAUUUGUAAAGAGAUAAUAUAUUAAACCCCACAAUAUUUGCUAAGUCAACAUGAGCUAAAUGGCAGGUAAGAACAAUUUUUGUCUGUGGUAGCGUGAAAUAUUUUAUCUGUACCUUACAGAUAGAUACUUUCACAGAGUCAAAUCUGGGUACCUUGUUGGUAUGUGGAAUUUCUGAUGCAAGUUGUGCAACAGACCUCUUCAGCUCUACGUGGGUUAAUAACAGCUACCUGCAGUUGUAGUGUCAAACUCAGAACAUUGUGGCUAAAAGCAUCAGCUGAAACGUGAAGAAGUAAAAUACACUAAAAUACUCUCGCUUGCGGACAAGGGGCUGGGCGGGCAGAGCUAACACUUUAAAUCCCUCUUGUUUUGGAGAUGUGCUUUACUACUAGUGUGCAAGAUCAACUUUUUUGAAUCCUCCCACACACUUGAUUUGUGAGACCCUUAAUCUGCCAAAGAGGAAAGUCAAGCCAGUCUGCGAAUUGUUGAGCCUGUGCAGGUCCCCUUGUAGUCGCUGGUGCUGUUUAUGCUUCAGGCAGGCCCUGGAAACACUGCGGGUUAAAAGGUGACGUUAGUCUGAACUCAGAAUUAGAUCCUUUUGGUAAGCUAAGAUGUUGUGCUUUAUUUUCGCUAAUGUACGGUACUGGAUGGUGCGCAGGAUUCUAAUAGGAGUCAAACAGGGUACAGGGUUUUGCUGUAAUUUUUUUAAAGAAGAGAUAGUCAUUGAAAUUGAUUCUGUGCGUUAUCAGUGAAGCAUUAAAAUGAUAGAUUAUAGUCUUCAGAUCUUUUACUACUUUAAUUUAUCAAGCGUACUUGUGGAUUGUGUACAGAAUGUGAAGCGUUAAUAUCACGGCUGGAAAAGCUCCCUCUCUCUUGUUAGCG